GAAAACAAGAUUGACAUUGACAAUUUAAAUUUUCAGUUUGUUUCAGCGUCAGACACAUACAUAUGCGAAUUUUACUUCCACGAAUAUAAAAUAAGGAUAUUUAUCAGGACUUUUUGUACACAUUUUGUUUGUAAUUAAUAGCGAAUAUUCGAGCGAUAUGGAUAAAGAGAAUCUGUUAAUACCAGACCCUACAUCUUUCUUUUGGAAACAAAACAGAAUAAAAACAUUCAAUAGCUGGCCUUUAAAAGCAUCCGACAAGUGUAAUGCUAAAAGUAUGGCUGCUGCUGGAUUUUAUGUUAUCGGAGACAACAAUGAACCAGAUCUGGUUGAAUGUUUUAUUUGUGGAAAACAACUCGAUGGCUGGGAAGCACACGAUGAUCCAUGGAAUGAACAUAUAAAACAUUCAUCAAACUGCACCUUUGUAAAAUUGAAUAAGGAGAAUGAAAUGGAAUGGACGGUGCAUGAAAUGUAUGAUUUAUAUAAAAAAUAUCAAAUAAAAAGAUACAUGGAUGAAUUAAAUAAAAAAAUUGUUGCAUUGAAAGACGAAGCUGCAAAAUCAAAAAGUGACCUAUUAGCUACAUAUAAAAUAUCACGAAAAAAUAAAAAAAGCAAUGGUAGCUAAUAA